AGACAGACAUCUGGUUUUCUGUCCCGGUUAUAAAAAAUAAAAUACUUUUUCCAAAACUUUUUUUUCCCCCAUUUCGGAUUUUGUUUUCUAUAUUAAUUCUACAAAGUAAUCAUCGCUAACUAAUGGAUUUGUACCUGCUUGGAUAUAUGCUAUGUGUGUGGAUUUCUGGUUCAAGAGUGUUUGGAGGCUAUCCGAUCUGGUGGUCUCUGGCUCUGGGGCAGCAGUACUCCUCUCUGGGCUCACAGCCCAUCCUGUGUGGGUCCAUCCCAGGCCUGGUUCCCAAGCAGCUGCGCUUCUGCCGAAACUACAUGGAGAUCAUGCCAAGCGUGGCCGAGGGCGUCAAGUUGGGGAUCCAGGAGUGCCAGCACCAAUUCCGGGGCCGUCGGUGGAAUUGCACCACGAUCCAGGGCAACCUGGCCAUCUUCGGACCCGUGCUGGACAAAGCCACGCGGGAGUCUGCGUUUGUCCACGCCAUUGCCUCGGCUGGAGUGGCCUUUGCAGUGACACGCUCCUGCGCAGAGGGCACCUCCACCAUGUGUGGCUGCGACUCACAUCACAAGGGCCCCCCCGGAGAGGGCUGGAAGUGGGGAGGCUGCAGUGAGGACGCCGAGUUCGGGGUGCUGGUAUCCCGGGAGUUUGCAGACGCACGAGAGAACCGUCCAGACGCCCGCUCUGCAAUGAACCGGCACAAUAACGAGGCAGGGCGCACGACAAUCUUGGCCCACAUGCACCUGAAGUGUAAAUGCCACGGGUUGUCGGGGAGCUGUGAGGUGAAGACAUGCUGGUGGGCCCAGCCAGACUUCCGUAUCCUGGGGGAUUUCCUGAAGGACAAGUAUGACAGCGCCUCGGAGAUGGUGGUGGAAAAGCACAGGGAGUCCCGAGGCUGGGUGGAGACGCUGCGUGCCAAGUACACCUUCUUCAAGCACCCCACUGAGCGAGACCUGGUCUACUACGAGAGCUCGCCCAACUUCUGCGAGCCCAACCCUGAGACAGGCUCCUUUGGGACCCGCGACCGCGUCUGCAACGUCUCAUCGCAUGGCAUCGAGGGCUGUGACCUGCUUUGCUGCGGCCGGGGCCACAACACAAGGACUGAGAAGCGCAAGGAGAAGUGCCACUGCAUCUUCCACUGGUGCUGUUAUGUGAGCUGCCAGGAGUGCGUGCGGGUCUACGACGUGCACACCUGCAAGUGAAAAACGAGAACAGGGUGGGACGCAGGGGCGAAUAAGAGCACUUCUGUUCUGGAAUGUUCUGGAACUGAGAAUCUACAAACCCAUACAUUAUACACUUUCAUGUAUAAGCAGACACACACAGACACUCGCACUGCUUAAAAAACAUCUUUGAUCAUAGAUUUCACAAUCUGGGACACAUGCACAUAUAUUAAACAUGCUACACUGAAUCUUGCAAAGAACAUAUUUUAUCACUCAAGCCCAAGGGUUUCCACUACUGGCAGUUCAGUCACCAGCUGUAAGACAUUUUAUUAUCAGCCAUCCCCAUUAUUCUACUCUCCAUAAAAUUAUUGAUGGUGUAUAAAAAUGUAAAUCUCAAUAUUAACUUAUUUAUUAAAUAGUGCCAAGAGUAAAGUACAGUACCUCCUGGUCAAAUUAACCCAUCUUCCACAGCACAGUAAACCAGAAUUGCAUUCCAGCCCUUUAUCUAACCUGUGAGCUCCUCAUCCCAGCACUGCUCCUUCUACACCAGAGCCAUACACUCCACAACACUGGUUCACAAUUCUGGCUCUUGAAGUUCGUUCCAAUCAAAUCCUAAAUGAGUUAUUUGACUCUUAGCCGAUUCAAUGAACUGAUCUAGGACUUGCUUAGAAUAAAUAUCUGACCUGGAAUGGAUCUCGACAGACCGAACUGGGAACCCCUGUUCUAGCCACCCUUAUAAAAGUUUACCUUAUAAAAGCAUAGCCAAGUGUAAUAAACCAGUGAAAGCAUAGGUAAGCUUUGUAA